UUAUCACUGGUUUUUCCGCGCACACGUUAUCACAUUUCCAUCCUGAAACUGCUUCUCCCCCUCCCUUCCGGGUUACACAAAUCUAGACUCGUCGGUUUUUGGCAUGCUUCUCUAACACCGUGACUUUUCCUGUGUGGAGUAGCUAUAUAGACUACAAUGAGGCUGAUCUGUUGCUGCAGUGCUUUGCUGCUGCUCGUCUUCAUUCCCAGAGCCUGUCGAGGUGGCAACAUCUUGGUCUUUCCUAUUGAAGGCAGCCACUGGAUAAACAUGGAUAUCCUGCUUCGAGCUUUGCACUCGAGAGGACACAGUAUAACUAUCGUGCGUUCCAGCAAAAGCUGGUACAUCGAGGAUAAAUCCUCUUAUUACAAUACCAUUACAGUUCAAGUGGAGAAGAGCAUAGAUCAGAAGUUGAUUACAAGAAUCAUAUCUAAGGCCAUCGAAUUUGAAAGGGGGGCUCUUCCCUUGAUGAGUUUCCUCCACAUCACUGUAGGAAUGUUCAGCACGUUUUUGGAUGCUCACGCAGCCGUGGGUGACUUUGUAUCAGCAAUGCUGGAUGACCAAGAGUUGAUGAGAAACAUGAAGGACAGCAAGUUUGACCUGAUGCUCGCUGACCCUUGCUGGGGUGGUGGAGUCAUUUUGGCCAAAUAUUUGAACCUUCCUUUGGUUUAUAAUGUUUGCUGGCUAAUAGCUACAGAGGGUCAUCUUGCUAUUGCUCCUUCACCUUUAUCAUAUAUUCCUAUAACGGGAUCUGGCAACACUGAUAAGAUGAGCUUUUUUCAGAGAGUUAAAAAUGUGGUUUUGUAUCUAAUAACCCAAACACAAAAUCACCUGGUGGUAAAGCAAAUAUACCAGAAAAUAUGCGACAAAUAUCUUGGGCCCAAUAAUGACUAUAAGCAGUUAAUGCUUGCUGCAGACCUGUGGCUCAUGAGAGUGGACUUUGUGUUUGAGUUCCCUCGCCCCACCAUGCCUAAUGUUGUCUAUAUGGGAGGGUUCCAGUGUAAACCUGCCAAACCUUUGCCUCAACACCUGGAGGAGUUUGUGCAGAGUUCUGGAGAGCACGGAGUCAUCAUCAUGUCUCUGGGGACUUUUGUGAGUGAACUUCCUGCUGACCUGACAAACGAGAUCGCUGCAGCUUUUGCCAAAUUACCUCAGAAAGUCAUCUGGAGGCAUAAAGGUGACAGGCCAGCCACACUGGGCAACAACACUUUAAUAGUCGAGUGGAUGCCGCAGAAUGAUCUUUUAGGACAUCCCAAGAUAAAACUAUUCGUGGCUCAUGGAGGAACAAACGGAGUUCAAGAAGCUAUUUAUCACGGAGUCCCAGUUGUGGGUCUGCCUUUGUUUUUUGACCAACACGACAACCUGCUGCGACUGAAAGAGAGAGGAGGGGCUAAGCUUCUAACCAUUAACACAGUGGACAAAGACGACAACUUCCUUAAGGCCAUACAGGAAGUCCUGAACGAGCCCUCCUACAGGACGAACAUGCAGAGACUCUCCAGGCUGCACCGAGAUCAGCCAAUGAAGCCGCUGGACACCGCCGUCUUCUGGAUAGAGUUUGUGAUGAGACACAAAGGUGCAGCUCACCUGAGGACAGAGUCCUACAGACUGCCCUGGUAUUCCUACCACUCUGUUGAUGUAUUUUUGUUCCUGGCUGGAGCUGUGCUGCUCGCGCUUUUAACUAUUUUCAUUAUGAUGAGGUGUUUAUACACUACAAUGUGUAAACAUAAAGUGAAACGUGACUAACCAUUCAAGCGAUAUGCAUUUUGUACGUACAUCGAUAUGAAGAUGGAUUUAGCUAAUUUUGAGAUUAAUAUGGAAUUUGUUGAACUGCCCGUUUAUGCAACAUUUUGACAGUUGCUAAGCAAUGGCAUUAUUUUGUAAGAAUAUUUUGCAGUAUGUUAUUUUGUUUGAUAUUCAUAUUUUAGUAAGGUAUGAAAAUAAAUGGAUGUGGCUUUUUCAUAACCAAUGAAUGUAAAUCAAGUUAUACUUAAUUAGUCCCAGUGGGGAUAUUUAUGUUCUGUAUUCGACCUUUGUUCAAGGGCAAUGGCAGGAGUACUCCUAAUACCUAAUGUCUUUAGGUAUUGUGAGAUAGCAGGGGCUCAUGGGAAGCUAAAAUGUGUUUUCUGACUCAUUCAUUACUUCAUUUUUACUCUGUGUGCAGUCAGCCAUGUUCAAUUAUAGGCUGUACAUAUUUGUGCUAAGCUGUGUUUAAACCUCCAACCACCAGGUGGUACAUCUCUCUUUUGACAUAACUGAUGUAGAUGUACUUGCACCUACAAUGCAAUCAGCUUCAGGUGUUGCUGCCUUAUGUUGCGUGAGAAGCUUACAGGUUUGGUUGUGCCACGGCCUUUGUUUAUAUAUAAUUUUGGGGUUUGUACUAUUUGUGGAACAUUUGAAAAAAGAAAACAUUUGACAAUACUGGGACAGCAAAUGCUGAGCUGUAAAGAUCCGUACAAUAAAUCUGCAAACGGCAUUUAUUUCACGCUUUCACUACAAAAUCUCAAAGUAGCAGCCUCUCUGUGGCUUUUUAAGAAUAGCAUGUUUCACUUCCAUUAACAUGACUCAUUUCAGUAAAAUAACAUGUUUCUCAAGAGCUGGAGUCUCUACCUCGAGGGUGUGCACAGGUCUAUGCAGGUAUUAUGUUUAUAUAGGCUGUAUCAGUGCCUGCCUUUUGUUACAGCCCCAGAGCUCAAGAUAAAGUCAUCUCAGAUGUGUGUGUCAGUGUCUUGACUGUAGACUGAAGAUUCAGCUGAGUAAGUUCUAUUCAUUUGUAUUAGUUUUCCAGCUUGUUAAUGUUGUCUUGCAGUUUCAGAUUACUUCAAUUACAGUAUAAUGCUUAAUGUAGGUAUGGCCAUGGUAAAGAAACACUUUCCUGUAGAUUACUUUGGAGUUUUGCCUCAUCACACUAUAAUAAGUGAACUUCCCUUAAAGAGACAAGCAUUUAAUGUUGUUAAGUACAGCAGAACUGUCAUCAGGGGUGAGGCACACACAAAAAGUAACUAAAUCAGGAAGUGUUUUUUCAGUCCCAUUGGUUUGGAUUCAGCCCUGCACAGUCCUGCCACAAAACGCUCAAGCAGAAGUUUAGCAAAUCCAAGGUUUGAAUGUAAGUUUGCUAUUUUUAGAUGUGUUUCUCGCACAUUACUGAUCUUGUCAUAAGAUUUGUAAAUGUUUUGUUAUAUGGCACAAAAUGACUGCCAUACUGAAAAACUGAAAAGUACAUAUCUUAGGCCUGUUUCCUAGCUUUUGAAAAAUAAACUUUCUGUAUUACUGUUGAGUGAGUUUGAUAUGUAAUGCACGCAGUAUAUUUAUGUGAUUUAGAUUCCUCAUUUUACAUUGAACUACUAUCAACACUCACUGCUCUAAUGAGAGUUCAGUAAGGUGUCUAUAUGAAUGUUUUUGCACAAAUGUCACACUUAAUGUCUCAGCAAAUAUUAAAGUGUUAAUCAGUUCUUUUUUGGUCUGCUCAAUCAGUUAGUGUACCAUCCAACUUAUACUGUAUGAGGUGCAAAUGUACAAUCCACUGUUAUUUAAGUACAUCGAUCUUGCAGCACAAAUAAAUAUUUUUUAUCUCU